AUGGACUCACCGCCUGAGACCCCUGAGCAGACUCAGAAUUACGACAGUUCGCUACCAGGAACACAACAGGACUCCUCGCAGUUGUCUGAAGAUGUCGAAGAUGGAAGCUCUGAUAUAGAACAGGAGUUAACAUCGUCUCCAAAAACUGUUGAUGGUGGUAUGGAACCCAGCCAAGAUUCAAGCAACGGAUUGGGCAAAGCCCAAGUUCAAGUGCCAUCAACACCUCGGCCUAACCAAAUUCCAAAACUCGAGAGAUCUCCGAGUCAAACUCAACGAAAGCUAGCCUUUCCUCGAACGCAACCGAAUCAUGUUAUCAAGCAUGUUACCAAACUUGAGUCCAGUCAGCUACGGCAAAACGCCGUUUCGCGGCCACCAUCUCAAGCUCAUAAAGCAGCAAAGGUGGAGCAAUUGACUCAACAAGAGCCGGAAUCAGCGCAGCGUGAUGAGCCGAGUGAAGCCUAUGAGGUUGAAGAACAGCAAGCCACUUCUGGCCAUGAGAAAAAUGGGAAUGUCCCUCAGGAUACCAGCGUCGAACUUGAAGAUUUCGAUUAUGCGGAAAUCGAAAGAAAGUAUCGGGAAGAAUUGAAAGCAGUCCAUAAAGAGGAGAAACAGUAUUUCAACGACUUGGAGUCAUAUGGUCGACUAGCAGGUAAUUGGGCUGCUGGAGCCAGUGCUCGUGAUAACGAGAGGGCAUUCAAACGUCUGAAAACUCGCGAAAGAUUUGUUCAGUUGUCAGAAGAUACUCUGCAGGCCAAGCAUGAGCAUUAUUCCCAUGUGUAUACGGUGUUGCAAUCCGCCAUUGAUCUCAUAAGCAGCGGAGCUCCAAAAUGA